AUGUCUCCCAAACGUAAGCCAUCCUCUGCUACUAGUACCCCUGCAUCGGUACUUCAAAGACUCCAAAAUUCUUCUGGUGGAUUCUAUGCUGCUACACCAAGACUUAUCCGUCAUGUUGAAUAUUUCAUAGGUGGACAAGACGGAAACAUUCUUGUCAGCAAGGGAGGCGGACUCCAACCCACAGAGUUUAUCAUCCGCGGUGUGUUUGAGAUCAGUCGCAAUGACUUUAAUUUCACCCCAGAUGGAAAUUUUAAUCCCUCAAACGUGUUUCAUGGUCGCUUUGCAGACGUGAAAUUGAGCUGUCAGCUCACUGCUGCCCGUAACGAUUCAUUCCGAUUCUCAUCAGAAGACUUCCCGGAUAUCCUUGACAAUCUCGCUCAUUUCGAAGGAUUAAUCCCGAGGCCAGAAGAGUAUGAUAAACUCAGUGUCAUUCAUAACUCACUCGGCCAGAGAUCGAUCAAACUGACGCACGGUCUUUUUGAAGCCAAUAACGAUCAGCAAGACACUGCUGGCGAAGUUUACGGUGAUGAAAACUACUGGCAUGAUGGCCUCAACCCCGAAUUCGACAUUGCCACCUGGCCAGUGGCCGACCGAUGCAAAGGCCAUUUGGAAAGCCUGGUAUCAACCCAUAGCAUCUGCCCCUUGCCAGCAUAUGAUUCAGAUCAUAACCUCAUCCUACCGUCUCAGUAUGAGUCGAAACUGAAGGGUGCACUAGUUGAAGUGCACAUGGCGUUUUGUCACCAUCGAGUCAAAAGCAGGAAACAUGACAUUUUCAGCACUGUUUUACGAGAACUCACCAUCCUGUUGCCACCUGCCGCAAUGCCAAGCAGCCCCUUCAAAUGUCAUCGUCUCAAUGCCGGUCCUUUGAAGGCAUUUUAA